CGUGGAUGCAAUUUCCCUACCUAUACUGGGAAAAACUCGAAACAAUUUCCAUUCUCCGCCGACCAUAGUUGAAAAUUCUCUCCAGAGAAGAGGCAAGGAAUCGUUCUUCCAAUACGCUUUCGCAGAGGGUUCCAAGAAGCGCCGCCGCGCAAUGGAUCUGUGGCAACCGCCGCCGCCGCCGCCGCCGCCGCCAUUCCAUUACCCGGACCGCGAUCAUCUCAGGUACCGUAACCUUCUUCAACCCCCCGAUUUCGCCCCUAUACCCUUAGGCGCCCCCCUUCCGCCUCCACAGUUUUGUCCUCCGAUUUUCCGUUAUCCUCUCCCUCCGUCGCCAACACUGCCUCCACCGCCGCCGCCGCCGGGUGGUUACAUUGAGAGGCAGCCUAUUUCUCCUCCGGUCAAUUUUUCUUCACCGUACAGACCGAUUGUUGGAAGGGGCGAUCGCUUCGAAUUCGGUCUUCGUCCGGAACCCUAUCUCAAUCGCGAUGACUAUCCUCUGGCUCCUCCCCCGCCUAUUCCGCGGUGGGAAGAUACUCCUUCGCGGUUUAUGGGGGAGUAUUCCGAAAGAAACCCAAUCUUGAGAAAUGAAGUUUUAUUUGGGGGUUCUAGAGAUCAUCAUGUGAGAGAUUUACCCCCAAGUUGCGGUCAAGAUUUCUAUCGGGAUGCGAUAGAACGUCGUGGUAGGGUUCUUGAUAUAGGAAAUCAUGAGAGGUACCGGGAUAGCCAUUGCUAUAGUAGUGAGAUGAUCAAGAAGAGGGAAGAUGUCAAUAUGCGUGGGGAUGAUAGAAAUGAUGAUUGGGGCAGGAGAUGGGAUUGUGAUAAUAGAGAUCCGAGUCUUUCUUUAUGCAGAGAGAGGGGUUAUGAUGAGAGAAGAUGGGGCAGUAGAAUCUUUGAUCGGGAUGGUGAUCAAGGUAGGUGGAAUAAUGGUACUAGUCAUUGGGAUCAUGCGCAGGGCAGCGAGAGGGCUUGUGAUGAUUGUAUGAGGAACAGGGAUAUUAUCAAUCAAGAUCAUGCCAUGUGCAGUGGGAGGGAUUAUAAUGCUGGUCGCGACUUGUAUAGGGAGGGGUUCAUAGAUGAGCGUAGAUGGAAAUAUGUUGGCAGUGAGGGGGCUCCAUUUGCAAAAGAAAAUCGACAGCUUGGAUGCUUGGAGGAUGAUUUGCAUUUUGGCAGAUUUAGCGGCAGGUUGGAAAGAACUGUUGGUCAAGAAGAAUUUAUAAGGUCUAAGAAGAGGAGACUGCAGAACAAGAAUACUUCUCAUAGCAGAGGCUACAAGUGGCAACAUGGUCAGAGGAAGUCGAGCAACGGUAGCGUCAAGGUGAAGGACGAAGAAGGAUCUGAGCAGACGCAGAAAGGAAUUGAAGAGAAAGCCGAAGAGGUGCAGGAUGUAAUGGACCUUGCUAUUUCAUUCAAGUCGAAUGCACUAAUUGGCAAGGCCAUAAUGGUGCCACCUGGCACUGCCGAGAAUUCCAAUUGUAAUUCUAGAAUGUGCUCUGAUAAGAUUGAUGAUACAGGUGUACAUUCGUGCGAGGAUGGGUUGGUGAUGUCUGAAAAUUAUCUUGCUCCGGGACCUUCUGAAGUUGAAGUUUCCAUUGAAGGCGAUGGCAUGUCGAAAACUCCUGAAUCCAAUACUCUGGAGCUCCAGGAAGAUAAAUGUUUCCCUGUAAGCCAUAAAUUGAGUUCAUCUCCUGAAGCAGACAGUUCAUUGAUUCAAAAGCCUGGUAAUGUUAUCAUAUUGGAUGAGAGCUCGGGGGAUGCUGAUUGUAAUGAGGUUUCGGAAGCACAGGAUAAUACACUCCAAGUUGGGGGGGAUAAUGUGAUGGACAUCAGAAGUUUGGAUGGCACUGAUGGUACAGAUUUUUUGAAUGUUAGUAUAGAUGUUUCACCGAGUUUAGACUCUCCUUUGGUCGGUGAUAAGGCAAACGUAACCAAAUAUGUUGUUUCUUCUCUUGAUGGCGAGAGAAAGAAACUGUCUUCUGAUGGAGAUGAUAACAUUGAAGAAUCACGAGAAGAAUCAUGGGCUGCUAUGACCUGUUUAUCUCCUAAUUGCCCAUCUGUGAUUCUUGGGAACAUGAAAGCCACUGUUGCUCAGAUGGGUCUUGCUGAGCCGGAAACUAAUUUAGUUGUUGAUACCUUUGGGCCUAUAGGUGGUGAAGUCGAAGGAUGUUUAAAGAAGAAUCCUGUUCCUGCUGCGGAAGGUUGCCUUGUUGGUGAGAAAGACUACAUUAAGGAGGAGUCCUGCUUGAACCAAGUGCCUUGUAGAAUAGAGUAUUCGACUCCAGAGAUCAACUUUGGUCCUGAUGGUUCACUCCAUGGCCAUUGGAAGAACAUAAAACUAGCAACCCCAAGACCAAAACUGUCAUCUCUUUCAGAUGAUGAUACAAUUGCUGAUGGCGUUGCAAGUGACUAUUCUGUGCUUGGUCAGGAAUCGUCAACCAAGUUAGCUGAACAGGGAGCUGCACCAAAUGAAGGCCCUUUAUCUGCAUCUGAAGUCGUCAAUGAAUGUGGUCCUAUGGAUGUGGAGUGCAGAAUUGGCAAUGGGACCGCGGAGGUUUCAGUCUCAGAUGAAAUUCUUGAUGAUGCUGACAAAUCGCGGGUUAAAGAUGAUCUGUUUACCUUUGCCAACAAUAUAUCUUUAUGUGCUGAUAGAAAAGGCCACUCUGCAUCAAAUUCAGAUAAUGAACUGCUGGAAUCUAGUUUUGAAAUGCGAUCCUGCAUGAGUUCUCCUGAAGGGAUGCCUUCUUACACAGGAUUUUCAAGAAACUGUGGUCCUAGGACUGCUGCUCCCAGAUUCUUCUCUCUUGGGAAGUCAAUAGGAAAGGCUGUUUCUGAGAAUCUAUCGACUAAUUCUCAGUAUGCAGCAACCUCUACUGAGGGCGAUGAAGUGAAAGUGAUGGAGAAAUCAAAUAUUUUAUGUGGGAAACUGAUUUCUAACAAGAACCAGCUGACGUCUGCUGCUCCUAAACUUUUUCCUAGUCGUCAGCCUAUAAGUUCUGCGAGAUCAAGGAUUUUACAUUCUCCGCAUGUUACAAAAUCAAGGACAUGGCAUCGUACAGGUAAUUCUAAUGCUGCAGUAACAGAGCCAAAAGUAAAGCCUGGUUCUCUUCCUCCCAGUCAUGGAACAAAGACUACUGGAGCUAUAGGGAGUUCAUACAUCAGAAAGGGUAAUAGCCUUGUGCGGAAGCCUUCUCCAUCCCGUGUCACUGUGCCUGGAUGCAGCAUUGUCUCAAAUUCUUCGGUUUAUAAAUUAACUCCUUGUAUAGUGAAUUUAAAGAAUACCGAGGUAUCCAAUAGCAAGACUGUUGAUACUGGUGCUCCGACACAAUUGAGAAUAGAACCAGUAAAUAUGUGUCGAACAUCCGUGGAGUUGCCCCCAAGUCAUGAUAGCAAAGUAUUGACCAGCACUGGUUGUAACCUUGGAGAGUCUUUUCCUUUGAGAAACUCGCAUAGUCCUAAUUAUGUCUGUCCUAAAUCAUCAGAGUCUUUGGAUGAGGCUGUAAAUACGUCUGUUGUUACUGAAUAUGAAAUUGGUCCAGUGAACAACUCGGACAGCCAUAGUGCUCAUGUAGACGAGAAUUCAAGAAAGAGGAUAAUAUAUGUUAAGAGGAGGUCAAAUCAAUUGAUUGCCUCUUCUUGUUCUAGUGAUACAUCCACGUCGGGUGUAGAUAAACCCCAAGCACACCCACCAUCUGAUAGCUACUUCAAGAGUAAGAAAUAUCAGCUUGUCAGAGCAUCGCCUGAAGAUCAUGAGAGAAGAAAGGAUGCAAAUGUGAACCCAAGCAUUCCUGAUUCUUACUCCAUUCUUAAUCGAACUUCUAGAAGGCGACAAUCUGGUAUUCCCAAGGAUUGUAGGUCUUCAAAGUUUUCACUUGUGUGGAAACUGCAUGACACAUCUUCGGAGAAACGUAAGAAAGUGUUAGGACCUCGAAAAGCAUGGCCUCAGAUGUUUACAUGGAAAAAAGUUGCACCCUGGAGAAGUUUUAUCCAUGCUUUAGGGACAAGAGUAAAUGGCAGUUCAUAUUCCAUACCCAGCUCAAAAUUGCUGCUGUCAAGAAAAAGAGGCGCCAUUUACAAAAGAUCAGCACGUGGAUAUUCAGUUAGGAUAUCCAAAAUUUUAAGCGUCGGUGGUGCUAGUUUAAAGUGGUCAAAAUCAAUGGAGAGAAAUUCGAAGAAAACCAAUGAGGAAGCUACACGGGCUGUCGCCGCAGCUGAGAAGAGGAAAAAAGAGGAAAAGGAAGCUGCUCCAGUUGCAUCGAAGACCCGAACUAUUGUUUCUAGAGAACGAAUAUUUCGUAUUGGUUCAGAGCGUUACAGAAUGGACCCAACAAGGAGAACUCUUCACAGAAUUACAGACGCAGAGACAGAAUCAUCGUCAGUGGUGGAAAAACCUGCAAAAGAUGCCAAGAGGUCUUAUGUUCCUAGGAGAUUAUUCAUCGACAACGACGAAUAUGUUCGAAUCGGAAAUGGUAAUAAGCUGGUUAGAGACCCAAAGAAAUUGACCCGUUAUCUGGCCAGUGAGAAGGUUCGAUGGAGUUUGCGAACUGCCAGAUUGCGCAUGGCUAGAAAGAGAAAAUACUGCCAGUUUUUCACAAGAUUUGGAAAAUGCAAUAAGGAUGAUGGAAAGUGCCCCUACAUUCACGACCCCUCUAAAAUCGCAGUCUGCACUAAAUUUCUUAACAGUUCCUGCUCCACCCCCGACUGCAAAUUGACUCACAAGGUUAUCCCGGAGAGAAUGCAAGAUUGUUCCUACUUUCUAAAAGGGUUGUGCUCGAAUGAGAACUGCCCUUAUAGACAUGUAAAGCUGAAUCCUGACUCGGCUGUUUGCGAAAGUUUUCUCAGAGGCUACUGCACUGAUGGGAACGAGUGUCCGAAGAAGCACACCUAUGUCUGUCCUGCAUACGAAGCCACGGGAAUGUGCCCCCAAGUGUCGACGUGCAAGCUUCACCAUCCUAAGAAGAAGCCGGACAAGAAACCCACUCCCGAGCAGAAGGUCGUGCGCGGCAGAUACUUUGACGGCGGCCUCGUCGGCGACUGCAGCUUCCCCCCAGUUGAAGAGCUCUCCACCAAAGGUACAAACGACAUAGUUUGGCAUGACGGGAAAUUCCCUGACUACAUUAGCUUAGAAGUCAGUGACGAUGAAAUGAAUACUCAUCCCGAUGCACAUACGGUAGAACUUAAGGAAACAGAUCAUAAUCAUGCAUAGAGAUAGUUAGUUCUAUCGUAGCAAAGAUUGCCGCUUCGAAGGUAAGAAUUCCUUCGAUUUUUGUGUUAUUUGACGAUGUGCAUUGUUAAGAACCUUGACUGUGUAGGUAGGUUGUUAGGUUAGGUAGGUCAUAGUUAGUUUUAGGAGCUGUAAAAACUCAAUUUGAGUUGCAGAAAUUUAACAGUUUUUUAUA